AUCUGAAAUUCUGAACCUAAGAUCUAAGAUCUGUAAACCCAUAAAGAAGAUCUAUAAUCUAUAUCCUUUAUAGAUCUUGAUCUGUGCCAGCCCCCGCGCAAUGUGAAAUUGUAUUAUAAAAAUAAUAUAGUUUAGCGUUUGUUGCAGCAAUGCAGUCCGUUAUUUUAAUGUGUUUUAACCACGGACUAAGGAAUAUCUUAGUCCGUGGUUAUAACUUUGAAGUUUUUACGGUGGGAAAGUGGGAGCUUCUUAGCCAUAGAUUUUUGGCAUGCAUAUAGCAUAUUAUUAUUAUGCUAUAUCAGUAUAAUGUUGCAUUACUAUUUACUGCAUUACAACUUGACCAUGAUAAAGUAAUAAAGUAUAUUUUACAUUAUCAUGCGCCUGAAGACUAAGUAUAACUAACUUGGCUACCUUCAUCCAUUGUAUCACGAUAAAAGUUCUAUUAACAAUGUUUUCUGGCAUCCAGUUAUAGUCCAAUACGUUUAAUCUCGCCUACCUCGUAUACGCGUCAGGCAUUCUAGUGUUUGACGAUUUUUUUAACUCAUUUAGUUAAAUCAUUUUUCAACUCAAUACUACACAUUGCGAAAAGGAGAAAUGGAAACAUUGCCGUCAGAGAUCAUCACUCAAAUACUGGAAUACUUGCCAUUUGAUGAUCGACGAGAACUGGCUAGGGUCAAUAAAAUGUUUUACCAUGCUUCAUCUCACCCAGUAUUCUUAAGAAAAGAGUUACUUAAUUAUGAGCCAUAUGAAGUCAAUUUGAAUAACUUUAACCAUUUCAAAAAUAUGUUGUUGAAAUCAAGAAGAAAAUUGUUAUGUUUGAAAUUUGUUCAUUUAACUUUUAUAGACGAUUUAACCAUUUUCACAAACUUAGGGGAUCACAUUAUAUCACUAAAUUUUAUUGAUUUGGAUUUGCUAAAUGAUUCAUUUCUAGAUGCUAUUACACAAUGCUGUAGUAAUCUCGAAAAAUUAGAACUUAUAAAUGUGAUAGAUUUGAUUUUAACGGAUAACGACCGUAAACCAAUACUCAAAUUGUGCAGCAUGACUUUAAAUAGUAUUAAAAUAUCUGAUAGAGAGUUUAAUCUAAUUUUGAAACUUGCUCCAAAUUUAAAGGAUUUAAGUAUUCUUGAUUGUAAUUUAGUUGGUAAAUAUCCAGUCAUAAAAAGGUUUUAUCCCCACAACAGUAAUUAUAUUGAUUGUUCAUUUACCAAGUACAAUUCAAAUGAUGUUUUUUCUGAGGAUAAUAUUGUACACCAUUUAAAUAAUUUUGUUUGCUUAAAUAGCCUUAGGUUAAAUGAUAGUAUUAGUAUAUUUUAUCGGAUUCAACCCAUACAACCUGAAAUUAAAUCAUUGUCAUUGAAUCUUUUUGAAACAAUUUACAGUCAUCCCAUCAACUAUGAAAAGUUAAAUUUAGUAUUAGGUCAAUAUGUAUUUUUAGAACAAUUAGAAAUAUUAGAAAUACCUGUUGGUAUGUUAUCAAUUGUAUCUAAACUAUAUAAUCUCCGACACUUAACAUUAAGUUAUACUGCUAAUGAUUCAAAUUACUUCGAUUCUGGUAAAUACCUUAAAUCAUUCGUGGAAUCAUUAAAAAAUCUUAAAUAUAUCAGGAUAUUAUCAUUUAAUAGAUCUUCUGAUUUGAUUAAUCAUCUUGAACUUCCAAUAUAUCCGUUUCUGGAAUGCACGCUGAAGUCUCUUACAUCAUUAGACUGUUCUCUUGAUUCAAAUCUAGAAGUACUAAAAUUUGGUAAAAAUUUAACAAAUUUACGAAUAAGAAAUGGUGGUAUUCUUAAAGUUGAAGAUUUACAACUUUUAUUUAGAAAUUUCACUAAUUUAAAGCAUUUAUGGAUUGACGAUUGUUCUAUAUUAAAUGAUGAAAUUUUCAUUAAAUUGCCAAUAUCUAAUCUGAAAGAACUGAUUACCUUAAAGAUAAUACCAUCAAAUAUUUCACACCGAUGCUUGCGACACAUUACAAAUUCAAGAUUAAAAGUUUUGACCCUCACUGCUAUGUCAUUAGAACCGUGUUCAACUCAGGCAGAAUUAAAUGAAUUCAAACAUAGUGUAGAAAUUUUGAGUCGUGCUGUUCCUAAGUUAACUCAACUUAAUAUCCGUGCACAUUGCAUAAGUUUGAAGACAAUUGAAUCAUUAGAUUAUUUAACUUAUUUUCAGACUACUUUUAAGGUAUUACUGACAACAUAUUUUGAGAGGCUGAAGAUUUUGAAACUUUGGUAACUAAUUUUAUAGUAAAUUUAAGGAACAUAUUCAAAAUAUUCAUCAUUAAUGUACAUAUAAUUGAUUAUUAAUUUAAGUUUUUAAUUAUUAUAUACAAGGUUUACUUGGCGGGUUUUAUGGUAGCUGUUUAUAGCUAUAUAAAUUAAUAAUUGCAUACUAAUUCAUCAAUAGAAUAAACUUAUAACUAUUGCUGUAUCAAAAAAUCACAAAUAUAAAAGACCUUAUUUAAAAAAAAUUGUUUUAUGAAGACUGGUAAGUGCUAGUUCAUAUCAUCUCCAAAAAUCUAGCUAUUUUAUAGUUUUUCAUUGAUUUUUUAAAUUAUUAAUCAACUGAAAUAUUUGAUUGCGAUAAAAUUACAUACAUGUUACAUCAAAUUAAUGUAGUUUAGAUAAUGAGAUAUUUGAUUAAUAUUAUUUAUACUAUGUGUUCUUAGCUCUUAUACAUAAAAAAGUUACUGUAGAAAAUAUAUUUUAAGUAUUUUAAUGUUAUUGGCAUUAUGUUGGUUUCAAACAUAAAGUUUGAUUAUUUAUUGAUGAUUUUCAUGUAGUUUCAUUAUAUUUUGUUAUUAGUUAUUCUGUAUGUAGAGUUAUUGUAUUGAAUAGUUAUAAGUAAAACUUGUUUACGUAUAUAAUAUUGUAGAAUGUUUUUCUUUGUACUAUUCUAUAAUAAGUACCUAGUUAAUAGUAUUUACUAUUUUAGUGUCAAAAUAAAUACACGUAAUAUUAUUUAUUAGUAGGUAUGUAAUUCUUAAAUUCUUCAAUCAGAUACAUAUUUAGCUUUUACUUUUUCGUUAUAUCAUUAUCUAUAGUCAAAUAUUAAAUGGUGAUACAGUCAACUCGUAAUAUUACAAAUUGCAAGGAACCGAGAAAAAUGUUUGUUAUAUCCAAAUGCCACCCCGUGAAUGUGGCACAGAAUUACAUGCAAGGCCUGAUCUCUUGGCUCUUUCGGCCACAUUUUAUUUAUAUCAUAAAUUUGUUAUAAAUAAAAAUAGUGGGGGGGGAGGUUGUGGUGAUAAGUACUUUAUUAUAAAAAUGUGUCUUUUCAAAUUUAAGUUCAGUCCGCCUGUCUAAAAU